GAAUGGUUGCAAAAUGUUACCAAUAUUUUUGGUACUAACAAGUGUUGUUAUUUUACUUUUAUCUUAUUUUAUCGACAAAUACAAUGAGAGUUAUUGGAAGAAACGUGGAGUCAAGUUACAAGAUCAUUUUAAAUUGGGCAUUUUUGGACAAUUUAUAGCUGGUAAUCGAUCUAUGUUUGAAUUAAUAUCAGAACUGUACGAAAAGUAUCGUAAAGAACCAGCAGUGGGUUUAAGUGCAUCUUUUAAUCCUGCCCUAUUUGUAAUAGAUAAGACGAAUGUUCAACACGUUUUACAACAAGAUUUCCAAUCCUUUAAUCAUAGAGGAAUCGAUAUCAAUGAAGGUGAUCUUCUGGCAGACAACAUACUGUUCAUGAAUGGAAACAGAUGGAAGCUAAUGAGGCAGAACAUGACUUCUAUGUUCACAAGCGCUAAAUUGAAGAAUAUGUACUAUAUAAUGGACAAGAGUGCUAUGGAUUUUAUCGCAUACUUAAAUAAAAAUCCAGAAAAAUUGGACGAGGAUACUUUUGAACUGAUGUCGCAAUACUGCAGUGUCGCUAUCGGUGCGUCUGUGUUUGGAGUCACAAGUGAAUCUGUGUUUGAGUCACCAAUCUUAAAUACUACAAAAAUACUUUUUCGACAGAAUUUUAAGACCAAUGUUAAGUUUACUAUUUUUAAUAUCAGUCCAUGGUUAGGAAAAAUAUUAGGUAUAAAAUUAUUUGGAGAAUUUGAGGACUUUUUUAUUGGUGUCAUAAAGAAACUUCUUCGGCAACGAGAACAAGAGAAUGUGCAGAAGCACGACUUUGCUGAUAAAGCGGUCAGUUUGCAAAGAAAAGGUACAAUGAUAGAUCGUGAAACUGGACUAGAGUUGGAACCUACUGAUGAAUUGCUCGCAGCACAAGCAUUCUUUUUUUUCAAUGCUGGAGUUGAACCAAGUGCCACAGCUAUGUUGGGUGCCUUAUUCGAACUGGGAAAGAAUCCUGACCACCUUCAACGAGUUCAAGAUGAAAUAGAUGCCACCUUUGAGAAAUACAAUGGUAAAUUGACUUAUGAAGCAGUGAUGGAAAUGGAAUAUUUAGAAAAUGUAUUAUCAGAAGCUCUGAGAAUGUAUCCUCCAAUUGGAUUUUUAACUAGAAAAUGUGUUCGUGAUACAGUACUACCGGUGGGUAAUAUACCAGUAAAGGAGGGUACUAAUAUAAUUACUCCUAUAUUUGAUAUACAUUAUGACCCUGAAUAUUAUCCCAAUCCUACUGUAUUUGAUCCUACCAGGUUUGAAAACGAUUCUCUACAGAAUAGUACUUUGUAUAUGCCUUUUGGAAAAGGUAAUAGGCUAUGUGUGGGUGUGAGAUAUGCAAGACUUCAAGUGAAAACUGGUUUAGUACACAUACUUCGUAAUUUUACAGUUAAAUCAAAAGUUCUUGAUGAUAAGAUUAUAUAUAAGAAAGCACAAGUUCAAGUAAGGCCAGGUAAUUUGGAUAUAAAAUUUAUACCCAGACAACAUGUGUGAAUUGAGAUAGAAUUGAUACAUAGAAAAAAGAAAUUAAAUACUGGUCACGAGUAUGCACUUAUGUUUAAUGCGCUGAAGACGUUUUCUACUUUCUUGUACAUUCUAAUUGAUGUGACGUCUAUUUGGAAUGUCAGAAUUUUGAUCAAGUACGGUCAGAGCCAAAAAUCGAUGAAAACAUUAAAAUUUUCAAAAUUGUGAUUAUUUGUACUCCGUAAUAUAGAUAUACAUGUCACUGUAAAUAUUAAAUUAAUUAGUACGUUAUACAACAUUCGUUCAAUUCUGGCGAUAACCUUGUUGAGUUACACUUAAUCAAUCUAUAAAUAUUCAUGUGUUUUGGUUUGUCAAUACGAAUUAAUCAUUAAUUUGAAUUUAUGUAUUCGAAAUAUCACAAUAUUUUACAAGUAAACAUUCGUACAAGGAUAAAUCUAAAUUAUUAGCAUACUUUUCAGGAUAUUCUUUUUGUUCUAUCAGUUUGAUUUUCCUUCUCUUUGCAACUUCUACUGCCUGUUUAACGGAUUGUGUUUGAAGAACUUUUCAAUAUGAUGCCUACAGCCACCUUUCACUAUCAUCACCACUACUAGUCAUUUAUCUAUCUUCACAUCUCAGAACCAGAAUGGUCACGCACUGUUCAGUUUCAGAGGAGCUACCUCCCGCAAAUACUCAGGUUGUGAAAUGAUCUUCAUGUUGAGGCUUUCCCUAGAGACUACAGCAUGGGAUUUUUCGAAAAGUGUGUAUUAAAGUUUCUUAAGGGCCGGUAAAGCGCGCGUGAUAUCCCUGGUGUUACAGGUGUCCAUAGACUACGGUAACGCCGUUUACCAUCAGACGGGCCGUAUGCUUAUUUGCUACCAUAAUUUUAUAUAAUUAUAUAAUUUUAUAUAAAAAAAAGGUAAAAUGAAAGUAUUAUUCUUAAGGAUCUGAUAAGUAGUAAAAAUUUUUGAGCUUCCUAUACGGACAUGGCGCAUCCAGCUAAUCAUAUUAGGCAGUAAUAUGUAUAGAAAGAAUACAAUAAUAAUAAAUAUUACCCUCAUAAA